AUGAAGGAUUCGAAGAAAAAAGCACAUAUCUACAUCAAGCCAGAAUGCGAACUUUGCGAUCAAACUAUUCACGCCGACGAGUGGACCGUAGCCUUGCUUGGGAACGAGGAUGGCCUCAGCCCGUCAUAUUUGACCAACAAGUUCCGAUUUCCAGAGUCUCAGGAUGUCGUUGAAACAGCAGACGAGCUAAUACUGUGCCAACGUCUCAAAUGCAAGACGUGCGAAAUGGCUCAUCCAUCUGUGACAGUACAUGCGAACUGUUACCGUGUUUUUCAGCAGUCUUAUCGUCGAGAAGAUGCCAUGGACGCUAUAUGGGUCGCUUCAGCAUGGAAGUCCCCUUGGCGAUACCGACCUCCUCAGCGCAAGCCUCGACUUGAUCUCACUGACAUGACGUUGGUGUCAAUAGGGGGGCCAGUUGCCGAGGCCAUUGGUAUCUCAGGUCUGGCGCUUUUGCCGUCAGAAGUGCUCCAAAUGGUCAGGCCUUAUAUCCCUGAUAAUCUCCUCUGGCGAUAUUCUCUUAUCCAAAACAUUGCUGAAGAGAUGUUGCGGCCCUUCCAAAAUCCCUUCGAGCCUCAACACGAUGCUACUCGCUUCGCUCUGGCGGCAGUGAAAGCUUGGAAACGCGAUUCGAAAGGGAUGGAUACUACUUGUGAUGAGAGCAAAUCAGAGUCGUUUAUCGUCAGACUUACAGUUGACUGUCUUGGCUUGAAAGAGAUCCAAAGAUUACAUGAUUGGCCAGAGUAUGACCACACGCGGUCCAACACUUACACAUACGUUUUCUUCACGCAAGGACAAGCGGACUUACCAUUUUGGGACACGCCUAGCCCUCCCUUGAGAGGAUUGAAAAUGUUUCCGCGGCCGGAUCGUCCAGGUUCCAUCCGAUACCGCACUGUCGAUCUCCUCAAUACCACAGGACUUACCUUCUUCUUUCUGAGAGGCUACAUAGUGGCAGUUCACUCCCACAAAGCGAACGCACCAGUUGCAGAACCGACCAUACAACAUUUCUCUCAAUAUGAACGAGACCAGAUGAUAUGGACGCACAUCCCUAUAUCUAGUACUGAUAGCCUGCUCCGGAUCGGCGUGGGGGAUACUUGGCAAAGACAAAUAGAGCGGGCGGUAGGGCAAUGCCGGGUUGGUAUUGACCCUUUUAAAGCUUACGAAGAGCCCUCCUGGUUUUGUUGCCGCGACAUCUAUGAUUCAGAAUCAGGAUCACUGGUAGAUACCGGAAGUUGUGUUGUUGAGUGUACGACUGUCACGAAUAACCACAGGCAUGAUGAACCUGGCGACAUUGAUAAUUGGCAGUGUAUGCGCGCAGGAGCAGGAGUGUAUCUUGAGUUCCGGUGUGACAACAAGACAGACACUUUUGGUAUGUACAUUCGACGUGAUGAGAAAGAGGACGACGACUAA